CAGCGCAGGCGCAAGCUGCCUGCCCCCCCGGCAGCCCCUCCCCGUGGAGGCCGGGCGGCGCUGCUGCCUGGAGCCGGCACACGGCGUUGCAGCUGCAGAGCGGAGGCAACAUCUGGCCGCUCCGCCGCUGACCGCGCCGCUUUCGGGACAAGCCCAGCCAGCAGGGACUGUUGUGUGAGGAACUCCUGACCCCUAGGAACUAUUGCUCAGAUGUCAGCCUGACCCAAAAUCCUUGAUCCAAACCAACUCCCAAGCUUUAUGACAGCGGCUGGGGUGAAGGAUGUUCUCCUCAGUGAAGCCCUACGAGAAUCAGGACUUCUCGGCCCUGAAGAAACACUGCCAGCGGCAGAAGGUGCUCUUCGAGGACCCGCUCUUCCCCGCCACUGACGACUCCCUCUUCUACAAGUCACGCGUUCAAGGCGUCCAGUGGAAACGUCCGAACGAGAUCUGUGACGACCCCUAUCUCUUUGUGGAUGGAAUCAGUUCCCAUGACUUGCACCAGGGCCAUGUUGGGAACUGCUGGUUCGUAGCAGCCUGCUCCUCUCUGGCUUCCCGGGAAUCUCUGUGGCAGAAGGUCAUCCCAGACUGGAAGGAACAGGAGUGGAAUGCCGAAAAACCAGAGAACUAUGCCGGGAUUUUCCACUUCCAGUUCUGGCGAUUCGGUGACUGGGUGGACGUGGUGAUAGACGACCGCCUGCCGACACUUCACAAUCAGCUCAUCUACUGCCACUCCAACUCCAAGAACGAGUUCUGGUGCGCACUGGUGGAGAAGGCCUAUGCCAAGCUGGCCGGGUGUUACGAGGCGCUAGACGGAGGCAACACGGCGGAUGCACUAGUAGAUUUUACUGGCGGCGUCUCUGAGCCCAUCGACCUGAUGGAAGGGAACUAUGUUAACGAUGAAGCCAAACGAAAUCUCCUCUUUGAGCAAGUGCUGAAGGUCCACAACAGGGGAGGGCUCAUCAGCUGCUCCAUCAAAGCCACCACAGCAGCUGACAUGGAAGCCCGCCUGGACUGCGGUCUUGUCAAAGGACACGCCUACGCCGUGACGGACGUGCGGAAAGUCCGUCUGGGCCACGGCCUGCUGGCCUUCUUCAAGUCGGAGAAGCUGGAUAUGAUCCGGAUGCGGAACCCCUGGGGGGAGAGGGAGUGGAACGGCCCAUGGAGCGACACCUCUGAAGAGUGGCAGAAGGUGAGCAAGAGCGAGAGAGAGAAGCUGGGGAUGACGGUGGAAGACGAUGGGGAGUUCUGGAUGACAUUUGAAGACUUCUGCAAAUAUUUCACCGACAUCGUCAAGUGCCGUCUCAUAAACACCUCCUACCUGAGCAUCCACAAGACGUGGGAGGAGGCGGUGAUGCGCGGGGCGUGGACGAGACACGACGAGCCCCUCAAGAACCGCUCCGGAGGCUGUAUCAACCACAAAGCCACCUUCUUGCAGAACCCCCAGUACGCGUUUGAUGUAAAAAAGGCAGAAGACGAAGUGCUAAUCAGCAUCCAGCAGAAACCAAAGAGGACCAGCCGCAGAGAGGGCAAAGGAGAGAACUUGGCCAUUGGGUUUGAGAUCCACAAGGUUGAACUGAACCGGAAUUACAGGAUGCACACCUUGCAGCAGCAAGUGGCCACCUCCACCUACAUUAACUCCCGGAGCAUCUUCUUGAGGACAGACCUGAAGGAAGGCCGCUAUGUCAUCAUUCCAACUACCUUCGACCCGGGUCACAUGGGAGAGUUUCUUCUCCGGGUUUUCACAGACGUGCCUGCAGAUUGCAGAGAGCUGACCUUGGACGAGCCUCCUCGCACCUGCUGGAGUGGAAUGUGUGGCUAUCCACAAGUGGUGUCCCAGGUCCAUGUCCUGGCAGCAGCUGGGCUGAAGAACCAGGAUUUCCAAGGAGGAGCAGACCCGUACGUGAUCAUAAAGUGCGAAGGGAAAAAAAUUCGAUCUCCAGUGCAGAAAAACACCCUGGCUCCAGAGUUUGAUGUGAAAGGUCUCUUCUAUCGCAAGAAGGCAGGACAACCCAUCAUUGUGCAGGUCUGGAACCAUAACAUUAUAAGUGACGAGUUCCUGGGCCAGGUGGCCCUAACUGGUGACCCUGAUGACCGUCUGUCACAGCAAACCCUUCAUCUCCAAGACAAGGGGAACAAAAAAUCCAGUGGCAUUUCAGGAAGCAUUGCUGUGAGACUACUCAGCAGUAGCAAACUCACCAAUGUCUAGCUUCUCAAGGAGUCUUCUUCUGGAGCCAUAUAUGUGAAUAUAAAAUAUAUAUAGUAUAUAUACCAUCUGCAAGAGUGUAUGAACUAUGCAUGCAUCACACUUGAAGGGGCCAGUCUUAUGUUUUCAAUGUUAAACAAGGUGCCUUUUUGGGAACCAAAAUGAUUCUUUUCCUCACACGAGGCAUCAUUUGUAGCCAAUACUAAAGUGGUUUGUGCCGGUGUGAAAGCACUGGGCAUAUGGUACAUUCUGUGACAGCCAGAGUGGGAUGCCCUGAUGCUGUUUGUUUACAUGGGGAUGUUGCGCACCCCCAGAGAUGGGCAGAUUGGUCCCACCAAGCAAUAUGCCUCUUCGAUUUACUUGCUUGGUUUUAGAAAUUCAUCAUCACUGAAGUCUCCUUUAAUCACAUAUCUGUGGUGGCAUCUCAGAAAAGUGGAUAACGGGGGGAGGGAUGGCUCAGUGGUUUGAGCAUUGGCCUGCUAAACCCAGGGUUGUGAGUUCAAUCCUUGAGGGGGCGAUUUAGGGAUGUGGGGCAAAAACUGGGGAUUGGUCCUGCUUUGAGCAGGGGGUUGGACUAGAUGACCUCCUGAGGUCCCUUCCAAUGCUGACAUUCUAUGAUUCUAAGUGGUGUAAAUGUACAUGGUCGUUUGUAUGCACAGUGGGCCCAGGUUUGUACACUGGCUGUAGAGCAGCUGGAAGGAGAAAAUGUCCAGUCUUUCCAAAACAGCGAAUCCCAUCCUCCUUGGGCAGGCGGAGAUUAUGGCUGCACCACCCAGUGCCUGCUGUCUCACUUCCAGCUGGGUGUAGUCUACGUUGCCAAGUAUCAACCCCAGUCUUUCAUUGAUAAUUGGGAGAGGGGAAAUGGAAAAGCCAAUCUGGCCCCUUUAACUAGUUCAGUAGUCCCCAAACUGUGGGGCGUGCCCCCCAGGGGGGUGCAGAGGAACAUCUGGGGGGGUAGGGGGGGAGCACCAUCCAGCCUCGCUCUGCCCCCAGCUCUGCUCCAGCCCAGGUCCAACCGCCCAGACACUGUCUGGUUUCUCGCAGUAACUGGCCUCUGCCACCGGGGGGCAGGAAGAGCAGCAGGUGCUGCUGCUGCUGGAGCCCGGAGGAGCACUCAGGGAUGGCUCCCUGCCCCUCCCUCCCCCCACCUCUGGAGCACAGCUCCCCCUCCCGGUCCUGCCCCAGUCACCUCCCCGCACCUCCAGAGCACGGCUUCCCCUCCCACUCCUACCCUAGUCAUCCCCCGACCUCCGGAGUGCAGUUGCCCCUCCCCCUCAUGCCCCACUCACCUCCCCCCACCUCCGGAGUGUGGCUCCCCCUCCCCUGCCCAGCCCCAUUCACCCCCCCCCCCACCUCUGGAGCGCAGCUCCCUCUCCCCUGUCCUGCCCCACUUACCUCCUGCUCCUCCCGGGGGGGGGGGGGGGAGUGCAAGUGAAAAAGUUUGGGGACCACUGAACUAGCUCCUAGGGAAAGUUACACAAUACACAAACUAUCUUGUCUAUUUCUUACAGACAAGCAAGCCAUAAUGACAGGAAAGAUGAGUUUUUACGGCCUUUUUAAUUUCAUCAUAUUGUAUCAGGACCAAAAUGUCUUAAUAUUUGUAAUCCUUUUAGGUCAGUUUUUCUUUCUCUUAAGAAACAAAAUGAUAGAAGUAGGCUUUAUUCCUCAUCCACAGAAGAAUCUUUUCUUACAUCAUUUAUUUGGAUCUCUUUUACUUUUAAAGCAGAUUUGGGAGUGGAGUUAUUGACAUUCCAUUGUAAAUGUUGCUGUCUUUUCCACUUCAGUAACAUGAAUAGAAGUUUUAAGUUAAAUUAGUUUGUUUGUUUUUUGGGGGGACAGAUCAGCACUUUACAGUCAGCCUCGUUGGUCUAGGAGCUGUCUUUGAUUUAAUGCCUGCUAUUUCCAUCAAUCAUUUCAUUCCUCACAAAGAAUCCAGUAUUGCACUUUAUUACAUAAAACUUUGUGGUGUAUUAUGUGUUAAAAUGGGCUGGGAAAAUGUCUUUGUAUACCAAAAGCAUCCAAGUGUCAUGCUGUACCAGAUCAAAGAGCAGUCCGAACAUGCAGUUAAAAAAAAAAAAAAAAGCCAAAAUUGUACAGAUUGUACCUUCUAUAAAUAAAUUGCAUAUAUUUUAUUUGAACGCCCUCAGUUCCAAAUAUCGUGGUCUUCCAUAACCCUUUCACAAACCCAAGGGCUACUGUAUGGAUUGGGUUAUUCAGUUUUAGAUUCUUUUCAAUAAACUUCCAUUUCGAAUUGA